AGCCGGCGAGUGAGUUGGAGUGAGAGAUGAGAAAGCAUAAUAAAUAAGCCUGAAACAAAGUAUCCACACUUUAAACUCAAACCAACCAAACCCCUUCUCUUUCUUUCUCUUUCUCUGCAACACUUUCGGAGGGAAACACUAAAAAAAAGCAGCUUGGUUUUUACCGAACAACACAACAAGAGUCAACAGUCAACACAGUACUCUUCACACUUCACACACAAACUCAAAACAAAAUGUUCGCUGAAGAGAAUGGCCUCAAGGGUGACCCAAGGCUUCAAGCCAUUUCUCAAGCCAUCAGAGUCGUUCCUCACUUCCCCAAACAAGGAAUAAUGUUUCAGGACAUAACGACAUUGUUGUUGGAUCACAAGGCGUUUAAGGACAGAGUGGAAGCUAGGGGAUUCUUGUUUGGUCCCUCAAUUGCAUUGGGGAUUGGUGCAAAAUUUGUUCCUUUACGCAAACCAAGGAAGCUGCCAGGCGAAGUAAUAUCAGAAAAGUAUUCUCUAGAAUACGGAACUGAUUGUUUGGAGUUACAUGUUGGUGCUGUCCAGCCGGGUGAACGAGCCAUAGUUAUCGAUGACUUGGUGGCCACAGGUGGAACUCUCUCGGCAGCAAUAAGACUUCUAGAACGUUCUGGUGCUGAAGUAGUGGAAUGUGCUUGUGUGAUCGGUGUGCCGGAUGUUAAGGGACACUGUAGGCUUAUCGGAAAACCACUCUACGUCCUCGUUGAGCCACGUGAAGUAGAUAAAUGUUCCAGAUGUGAAGUUGAUUCUUCCUUUGGCUGAGUAAUCAGAGGCCAUAAUGUGAUCACUGAUCAUUAUGCUCUUCCCCCUCAAAUGAUCAUCCUGGAAAUCUCUCUCUCUCUCUCUCUCUCAUUGUACAUGUUAGGCAAUUAUGUAUGGCUAACAGUUUGGAUCAAGCAUUAAUGAAGCAAUGUAAUUUUCUGGCAUCAAGUUGUCAAUUGAAAGCCUCAUC